AUGGCAGUGUCUAAAGUGCAAUUAAAGGUUUGGGUGGACAACUGUACAGUCACUGUGGCAGGUCGCUGCAAACCAAUCGAUAGCCAACUGAAACAGAGUUGUCUGGGGACACCCCUGCCUUACGACUUUACCUCUGACGGCCCAAUCAUUGAUGAUGUCUCCCAUUUUGACCUUCAGACCUGGGCCGCAUUGAGGGCUAUUCCAACAUGCUGGGUCAAACUCCAAUUCGGAGGAGUGGACAGGCAACGGGAGACAGUUGCUACGCUGCUUUUAGGUCUCUCUUGGGAAAAGGGACAGUUGGCGUUGCUGAUGCUGCCGCAAGCGCCGAUGAUGCGCAUAGGCGCACACACCGUCUUUAUAUUCCUCUGUACCGUUUACGUGCCCGAGUGUCAACGCUUGAAGGGAUCAUCACCAACGACGGCAGCAGCAGAAACGGUGCGAGUGGAGUACUCGCAGGUCGUCCUGCCCGAGCGUGGCAUGUGCCUGGCGGUCCGGAAGGCCUGCCCUCUUCUCUUCUCCGGUCACGGAAUCGGUGGACGCAGCCUGCUUGGCGAUAGUGUGCCUCGCUUCCUCCAGUGUGACAUCUAUGCUCCCGUUUGUCGGCAGAACAAGUUGCGGCCAAAGAUAUUCGACGCCAACAAGGCGGAAUGCCAGGCACCACUGAUGUCCACCACAAACAGUCGAAAUUGGAUCAAGGGCAUUGCGACGUGCGCCUUUCCCUGUCGCAGUCCCAUCUACCGACCAGAGCACUACACUCUUGCCCGAAAUCUCAUCUUCGCAGCCGCUGUCGCCGGUAUCCUCGUCAAUGUCUGCGUACUUUUCACUCUGCGACUGAUUCGCUCUUCCACCUCGUUUCCAAGAUACGGUGGCGGGGAGGGAGGAACGACAUUGCCAAUGUCGACAAUGAGUGCGGCUUAUCGUUGUCUGUCACACACUGCGCUCACUUUCAUUCACUUGGCCUUCCUCAUCGGCUGCCUAGGCCUCCUGAUACCACAUCUGCCGGGCGUGGAUGAUGCCGUCGCCUGUCGUGCCGAUGGCAGUGUGCGCGUCGGUGAACCGCAGACUCAAACGGGAUCGCCCAUUCUCUGUGUGAUCUGUUUCAUGUUGGUCUACAUUCCCAUGCUCGCCGUGGCGCUGUGGUCAAACGUCCUUGACUAUGCCAUCUUCGCUGCAUUCCACACCGCCGCCUCGCUCAUCGUUGAUACCAACUUUGUCGGUUUCACCGCGAUUGGCUCCACCCCCGCCCUUCGCCGACGACGUCUCAGUGGAGGUGUGUGGCGCCUUCAAUGUUGGCGGUACAAGCAUCCUGCACUCCUGUUGCCACCUGACUCUUGCGAACUCCCAAAAAGGCGGCUUAGGAGCGGUGACAGUGGAGGUGGAGUGAAUGAGGCCAUGGAGGGUUCCGUGUCGCCCGCUAGUCCCGCUGUUUCUACUGUGGCAACAGGAGGUACGAAGAGGCGGCUGAGUGCGAUUGAGAUGGAGGAAAAAGCACCUCAACCACGUCAGCCCUGCAGCCAAAACACCACAUGGAAGCUGUCGGAGGGCGAUCGCCCGGAGCAUCAAUCACUACCAUUGGUUUGCCGCCUCCUCUAUCCCACUACGCCCAUUGGCUGUGCACUGGCCAAUCAUGCGGAAAUGGGCGGAGGCGACGUGGUGGUUGGUCAACGGGCCACCUUCAACUCCAUAGGGUCGCAAAUCACCUGUAUCCGCAUCGCCGCCUUCGCUGUGCCUGUGGUCUUUGCUCUAAUCGGCCUUACUGCUUCUGAAAUUGAUGGCGAACCUCUAUCGGGCCUUUGUUUGGUGGGGAUCCGCACUCUUUGGGCCUACUGCGCCAUGGUGGUAGCCCCUCUGGUGCUCUGCCUCUUCCUCAAGGUUACCUACCUCAGCAGGGCAAUGCGAUCGAUAUGGCAGCUGCGUGGCUACCUUGUCGUCGCCUCCUAUGCACCGGUAGACAGGGAAAUGGCACAUCGCCUGACAAUGUGCUUUCGCGCCUACGUGAUAUAUAUCCUCACAUUGACGGCACUCCUUACUUUUUCUGCGGGGGUUCACGCUUACGCCUACGUGGAGGAGCCAAAGUGGUUGGAGACUCAGCGACUGUUUCUCUUCUGUCAACUGCGACAUCGCCUAAUGGGCUUAGACGGCGUGGCAGCCUCAUCAAGCUGUCGAACACCAUUUACGACGGAUAUUUGUUUCUUCGAUUCUCCUCUACCUAAUUCUCUCAACGCCACCGCUGCUGCCGCCGCAUCCACAAUCACCUCUGGGCUUCGUGUUCGUCGCGAAGACCAUCAGAUCGUGUCUUCCUCCACCUCCAUAUCCUCUGAAGAGGACGUCGACGCCUCCGCGUCAGGACGUCCCCUCGCAGGUCCGAUCCUGUUAAACCUCUUCACUUACCUCAUGUCCAAUCUUGUCUUCGCUUCCAUGUGCCUCCUGGACGCUUCUGUUAAACACAAAUGGCUUAGUCUUCUACGCAGGGUUAUUUCUUUCCUCACCGCCUGUCCGAAGAAAUCAACGGGAAGUAAGCCCUUUUCUCCACAGAUGAUCGUUAUCAACAAAUCUACGAACUUCCAUCUGCCCGCUACGUUCUCGUGGUGGGAUCCAGGCAUAUUCUUCCAUGACUAUGAGGUUGUGCCGGUGGAGGAGGUAAAGGUCAGUGCCGACAAUGGUUCCAUCGCCGUAGCUGGUGGUGGUGGAAUGGCUGUGACCAGAACUGUGGCCACCUCCGAUGUCUCCUGUGGAUGCAAUCGACGCUACUCUUUGUCCACAAAUGACGGGAGUUGGGUGAUGUCUUCCGUUGGAGCGACGAAUGCGACGUCGACCAUUCGCGGAGUUGGUGGGAAUACCUCUUCCGUUGCUAGUAGCAAUGCGGCAGCGACCACAGCGGUGGCGGUGGCAGCCGCAAAACCGAUUCAUAAAUCGAACUCCCUCACCUCCUCUCAAUCCCUCUUCACCGCUCAUCGUGGACACAAACCAAGGUCCUCUGCUGGGGGCGCUCUCUUUAACCCGUUCUCCAGCAUUCAGCGGGAGGAGGAGGUCGCAGCUACUCUUGAACAUAAUCUGGGAAGACCAAUUCGUAGGAGCCGGUAUCGUAGGAUGUGGUCGAGCAAGGGUUUAGGUCGUCGACGCCUCGUCCCGCGGUCUUACUCUACCCUCGGCCUUGCGGGUGGGGGCAGCGGUGGUGAGCGUCGAAGCCUGAACAGCCUCCUUCUUCAUCGCGCUGUCUCUUCACCUACAAAUUCCAGUAAUGGGAAAUGCGCCAGUGGCGCCGGUCGUGGAGGUCACAGUCAACAAGAUCUUUCCAUUGGAUCCCUUUCUCGUCUCUGCGCCGCUGCGGCUGCAAUGGAGCUAGAGAGAAGUCGGAAAAUUCUGGACGGUGGUUCACAGAUCUUUGGACACGCACCACGCGGCUCCACGGCAGCCUCUUGGACACGUAGAGGUGGGACCACCUCUCGUCUCUCGCUGGCCAGUUCGUCGGGUGCUGAGUCGUACAACUCCUUUCAACUCCUCGCUGAACAGGCGGGAGCAACAUGGCGUGAGCUCUGGCGUACCCGCCUUCUUCUCAUCGAUGCUUUGCAUUGGGCACAGUCCGCUGCUGCCGCCUCUGCUACCGAAAAUCCUCCUCCGCCCCCGCCACAAACGUCUGACCAACAACAACAACAGCUGAUAGCAGCGACGUCAAUGAUGAUGGCGUAUCUGAUGGGCCAACAACAGCAGCAACCUGUGGAAGUAGAGGCGUCUUGUGGCGGUGAGGAGAGCACACCAGACUCUGUCAUGAUGGCUGCUCUCAUGGCAGCGACAGCGGCUGCGCAGGCGGCCAUGCACCAGAGUGGACCUCCACAACAGAGUGCUGGGGCCAGCCUACUGCCUCCUAUUCCUACUCUUCCCACCUCUCCGUUGAAGAAGAUGCCCCACUAUGAAGUACCAUUAGCGACCCCAGCCUACCCCAUACCAAAAGGCUGUCAACCGGAUAUCCUUGCGGACUACAAUAAUCUCCAUCACCAUCUCCGUUCGGCAAACACAGCCUCAACAACAGGUGCAACCGUACGAGCUGUUCGACAAGACGUUGUCUGCCACCUGGACGCUUCUGCGGCUGCUGGUGUCUCCUCUCCGCCGCAUCUGCUGCAUCCGGCAAUGCAGCAGCUGCGAUCCCCUUGGGGCCCUUCUCAUCAGCCCCCUCCACAGCCGUUGUCAGCGUCUGGAGGUGGUGGUGUCUGGUCUGCCUCUACGACCUCACCAGGUUUUACGCACUUCUCACUACCUGUCAUUCCACCCUACGCUUUUGUACCGCCUCCGCCACCUCACAUAAUACCUCCACCAGCUAUCGUCAACACGAGUCCGAACCCCGAACGUGGAGACUGCGUAGAAGGUGAAGAGGAUGAGGAUGAUGAUGGUGAUGAUGACCUCGAAGAGGGCUCUGACGCCUUUAACUCGGAGGACGAAGUGAUGUCGACCAGUGGCGAAGAGGCUACAGAGACGAUGGGAGCAGCAGAACGUCGUCGUUUGCACCGAGGUGGAGCGGAGGCCUCGGCGGUAGACGAUUACUGGGACACCUUUCCCACCCCUGAGGGACAACCAAGCUGCGCGGCCGCCCCGCCUCCACCGCCUGACGCCGAUGCUGAUGACGUCUCCAGUGUCAGUCAGAGUGCGAGUCAAGUGGUCGUUGCUACUGUGCAUGGUGAAGCGGCGGAGGUUGAGGCUGAUGCUGCGAGCGAAAAGUCUCUUCCAAAGUCCUGA